GCAAUUAUCAGUUUCUGAAACCUCAGCUUCCAUUUAUCUCUCUAGGACGGAGACCAAAAUGUCUGAAACGUGCGCUGCUGUGAUCCUGAUCGUCGUGACCUUGUUCUUACCGCCUCUCGGAGUGUUUUUUAUCAGCGGCUGCUCGGCAGACUUUUUGAUCAAUAUUCUUCUGACAUUGCUCGGCUACUUCCCAGGGCAUAUACACGCCUUUUACUGUGAAUAUGUCUACUACGACCGGCGCGCGAGAGGCCACGAAGGUCGUUCUGUUACCAGGCCAGCUCCCGGGAUAUUCUCAAGACGAAUCCAGAACGGAGGCGUCGUUACGAGGGAAUACAUAUUUCCUCCCCCUCCAACUGCUCCGGCUAUGGGAAGUUACCCUAAUACGCCAGUGCAGAAUAAAGUUCGGCAGAACGCAAAUGCGUCGACGGAGAGAGGUUAGAAUUUCGACUCGAGAGGAUUCCUAUGUAGAACGGAAUUCCACGCCCGUGAUUUGCUCUACUAGUUACCUAUUUAUUCUCCUACUCUGGUUCGCUUCGUACAUGUCUCGAUUCACGCUGAACACGAUCGUGUGGCGAUGAGAUCCCGCGUCACUGAGCUGAGAGGUUCGAUUAUGCUGCGCUUCUGACUACUUUCUCCUCGCAGAAUAUGCCGCUAUCGUUAUGUGUAUGUCCUCGCGACGAGAUCCCUACAACUGACGACAUUAUUGAUAUAUCUCACUUGAGCCUCGUGGAGGGCUCGAUGGACAUUUAUUCGAGCCAGUUAUUCGUGCACCUAAAUUUCUUCCAUGCUUGAGCGGCUGUGUGGGCGAACACGGUAUCCGGAGCGCCGUGGUAAACUUCAGUUCUAUCUCGUGUAGUCCCUUCCAAUGUGUGCCGGGUUUUGUAAGUACAGUAUACAGAGCCUUGAAAGGUCUUGACCCAUUACUGCGAAUGUGAGUCCUUUGAAAACGAUGAAAAUUUUCGAAA